UUUUUUGUGGAAUUACCUCCGGAUUACCUGUCACCUGAAAAUGUGAGUCACUAAGAGAUCCAGACUGACUACAUUACACUCGGUGAACUAACUUCUGUUUCUCUUAGGCAUUGUUUCCGGCGCGCUGCUUGUCGGCUCCUCUCGUCCACACCACGGUCUGCAUGGGUUACUACAUCUAGCUCGACUCAAAUUCCCAUCCCUGGCCAGGCAUCGCAAUUUCUCCAGAAGAUCAGGUGGAACAGCCAACAUGUACAAACAAAAUCACAUCUUGCAAACAAAGACGCAACAACCACAUCCGAUAACGACGAACAAUUAAUACAAGCCGCAGUUGGGUACAUGGAGGGUACCCCUGCUCCUGCCAACGAAACUCAGAACCAUGCCUCAGAAGAGAGUGAAGCGCAAAGACAGCCUUGGGAUGAAAAUUCUAAACGCGCAAAACGCUUGCGGCUUUUGAAUAAGGAUCCUGAGCCGAAAGAGACGGUCUACGUCGGGAACCUUUUCUACGAUGUAACGGCGGAGGAUUUGCGGAAGCAGAUGGAGAAGUACGGGGUUGUGGAACAUGUGUAUGUUACUUUUGAUAAUAGGGGCUUGAGCAAAGGGUUCGGUUAUGUCCAAUUCGAUACUGUUGAUUCGGCCAGACGUGCAAUUGAAGCAAUGCACAUGCGGGUGUUCGAGGGUCGUCGUGUCCUUGUACAGUUCGCGCUGAACAAUGUCUCAUCUCGCCGGAUCUUGAAGCCCGCCUCUAAAACGAUAUAUAUUGGCAAUUUGCCAUUCGAGAUGACCGAUAAGGACUUGAAUGAUCUCUUCCGUGAUGUUAUUAAUGUGAUUGAUGUUCGGGUAUCUGUUGAUCGCCGGACUGGGAUGCCCAGAGGCUUUGCCCACGCGGAGUUCAUCAACGCUGAGAGUGCACGGGUGGGAAUAGAAAUUCUCAGCAAAAAGGCGCCAUAUGGUAGGAAGUUACGACUGGAUUACAGCCACACGAAUAGAAAGGCAGAUCGGGUGGAAGCUAACAACUAGUGAUUUGACGAAAUCACUUUUCCUAGUCUUGAUGUUUUACUUGGGGUUUUCUUUAUUCGUGGAGUGUGAUAGAUUGUGGUUGCUUUAUGUAUUAUAUGUGUAGCGAACACUCUGCGCUAUGCUUUGUACAAUAUCUACAUAGACCUAUAUUAAACCUUUUG